GGCGGCCGGGACAGACAUGGCGGCGCCCGCGGGGCUCCACGUGGGGGGGGCGGCCUGAGCCGUGCCGAUGCUGGGCCGGGAUGGCGGCGGUGCCGCUGCGGCCCUGCAGAGCCUCGGGCCGGCUCCUGCCGCUGCUGCGCGGCGGGGCGCGGAGCCGCGGGGCGUCCCCGUGGGCGGCGGGGCCGGGCCGGGUGUCGCAGCGGCGCUACAAGAAGGACGUGCUGCCCGAGCCCGGCGGCGCCGCGCCCGCCGUGUCCGUCACCGAGAUCCGGCGGUACCUCCGCGCUCAGGGCGUCCCCUUCCAGGACGGCUACAGCUGCCUGCACGCACCCAGCAUGUUCGGCACCGAGCCGCCCGCCGCCGGGCCGCCCUUCACGCUGUUCAUCGACAAGACGACGGGCAGCUUCCUCUGCACCGCCACGUUGGCCGAGGGCGGCUGGCAGGACCUGCAGGCUGCCGUGGAGCUGCGGCACCGCGGGGUCCCGGCGCCCGGCCCUGAGGAAGGAGUAGAGCACGAGGAGGAGGAGGAGGAGGAGGCGAGGAGAGCGCGCGAGGAUGCUCGGCGCAUCUGGGAGCGGGCGCUGCCGCUGGGAGAGCUGCUGGACCAGGAGGAGACGCAGAGCACCAAGGCGGCCUUCGGCAUCGCCCCGCUGGCUGACAGCACGCUGAAGCGCUUCGGGGUGCGCUACCUGCGGGCGGCCAAGGCCCUGGUGUUCCCUUGGUUCGCCCCACGCGAUGCGGCGCUGCGGGGCCUGAAGCUGCUGGUGGCAGAGCGGCGAGGUGACGCCGUGAGCUACACCGAGGAGACGUUCCCCCGUUUCGAUGCCUACCGCAACCUCUUUGGGCUGCCGCUCAUCGGCCGCCGCGACACCGAGGUCGUGCUGACCGGGAGGGAGCUGGAUGCCCUGGCCCUGCACCAAGCCACCGGUGUGCCCUGCCUGGCGCUGCCACGCGGGGCCACCAUCCUGCCGCCCGCCCUGCUGCCGUACCUGGAGCAGUUCAGGCGCGUCACGCUGUGGCUGGGUGAUGACCUGCGCUCCUGGGAGGCCGCCAAGAUCUUCGCCCGCAAGCUGAACCCCAAGCGCUGCUCGCUGGUGCAGCCCGGAGACCUCCAGCCGCGGCCCUUGGAAGCGCUGAACAGGGGACUGAACCUCACCAAGAUCCUGCGUGCCGCCCUGCCUGCUGGACACAAAGCCAUCGUGUCCUUCCGACAGCUGCGCGAGGAGGUGUUUGGGGAGCUGGCCAACAGCGAGCAGGUGGCUGGAGUCAAGUGGGCGCGCUUCCCUGAGCUCAACAAGCUGCUCAAGGGGCACCGCCGGGGCGAGCUCACUGUAUUCACUGGUCCGACAGGCAGCGGAAAGACGACAUUCAUUAGUGAGUAUGCGCUGGACCUGUGCACGCAAGGGGUGUGCACGCUGUGGGGCAGCUUUGAGAUCAACAACGUCCGCCUGGCCAAGAUCAUGCUGACCCAGUUUGCCACCCGGCGCUUGGAGGACCAGCUGGAGCUGUAUGACGAGUGGGCCGACCGCUUUGAGGACCUGCCGCUCUACUUCAUGACCUUCCAUGGACAACAGAACAUCAAGACAGUGCUUGACACCAUGCAGCACGCCGUCUACAUGUAUGACAUCACCCACGUGGUGGUGGACAACCUGCAGUUCAUGAUGGGCCACGAGCAGCUCUCUGCAGACAGGUUGGCAGCACAGGACUUCAUCGUCGGCGCCUUCCGCAAGUUUGCCACCGACAACACGUGCCACAUCACGCUGGUCAUCCACCCGCGCAAGGAGGACGACGAGAAGGAGCUGCAGACCGCCUCCAUCUUCGGCUCUGCCAAGGCCAGCCAGGAGGCCGACAACGUCCUCAUCCUGCAGGACCGCAAGCUCACGACGGGUCCCGGGAAGCGCUACCUGCAGGUGUCCAAGAACCGCUUUGAUGGCGAUGUAGGCGUCUUCCCGCUGGAAUUCAACAAGGCCUCGCUCACCUUCUCCUCCUACGGCAAAAGCAAGGCCAAGCUGAAGAAGGUGAAGGAGGAGAAGGCGCCUUCACCCAAGAAGGGUCCCAAUGGAGGAGGUGUGGGUGGCUCUGGCAAGCCCUGAGUGUGGCAGGGACAACCUUGGUACUCGGGCACACCAGGUGCCGUGCGGCUGCGCUCCUCCUGAGCAGAGCACGAUGCUGGGAGAUGGGAGAGGAGUGGAUGUGCAGGCUUUGGGGUCUCUGUACCCUGAGCAGGUCAAUAUAGGGUUGCUAAGUGGAGGCUGAUGGCCCAGGUUUACCUCCCGCACGGUGUGGUGCUAGUGCAGCUCUGCCGGCUCUGAGCCCGGCCCCUCUGGCCACAUGUACCACCAGCAGCAGUAGCAGCAAUGCCUCAGGGACACAGCCCUGGGCGCCUCGGAGCCUCUCAUGGCAAAACACUGUGUCUGAGCCAGUCCUCCCCAGCACAGGGGAGCCCGCCGUGGGCUUUUGGCCCAUCCCUCUGUUUUCUUUACACUUUUAUUAAAGCAGAGCUGUUCAA